AUGAAAUUAGAAAUGGCUUUGAAUGUUGAUGAAAUAACAAUAUUUCUUCUUCCAACUGGACUUGGCACUAUGGCUAAUGUUUCUGUUUUUGUCAAUCAAAUAUGCACUUUUGUGAGCUCUAGAAAGAAAUCCAUACAUCUUAUUCUCAUCCACUUGGCUUUCACAAAUAUUAUAAUGCUUUUGCUCAAGGGCACGCAAAUAACAAUUGCAGCCUUAGGUCUGAAACACUUCCUAGGGGACUUAGGCUGUCUCAUUAUUUUUUAUCUAAGAAGGGUGGCCCGUGGACUCUCCAUCUGCACCAGCGGUCUCCUCACUGUGGUCCAGGCCAUCAUCAUCAGCCCCAGAGCCUCUUGGUGGGGGAGUCUCAAACUGAGGUCUCCAGAGUAUGUGCUUCUCUCCCUGCUUUUCUUUUGGAUUCUCAAUUCUGUGAUCAGCAUGAACAUCCUCCAUUCCAUCAGAAACAGAGGUACAAACACACUGCAACUGAGUAUUAAUGAUCGAUAUUGUUAUUUCAGAAAAGAAAGUCAGAAAAUAAACAACAUUUUUCUCAUGCUCAUGGUCCUGAGAGAUGCUGUGUUUCAGGGAGCCAUGGGAGGGGCCAGUGGCUACAUGGUAUUUCUUCUCCACAAGCACCACCAGCAUGUCCUCUACCUUCAGAACUCCAAGUUUCUCUACAGAACUCCCCCUGAGCUGAGAGCUGCUCAGAGUGUCCUCCUUCUGAUGCUCUGUUUUCUUUUCUUCUACUGGACAGAUUGUUUUGUUUCUUUACAUUUAUCUUUCUCUUGGAAGAAUGACUCCUUAACAAUGAAUUUUCAAGAAUUUCUGACCAUUGGUUAUGCAGUUCUCAGUCCAUGGAUACUGAUUCACAGGGAUGGACAUCUGGCUAAAUGUUGGUGUGCUCGGUAA